GUGAAAACAGACCGGAGCGGUAGGAAUGCAGCCUCCAGACCGGAGAGCAGCAGCAGCUCUUCCGUCAGACGUGACGUCGCUGGUCCCCUGCUGAAAAACCAAAGUUUUCUAUGAGGGAAAAACAGCGAGCCCGAAAUACUCUCUCCGACCGGGAGUCUCGGAAUGUGCGGACAUUUGCACUUCAGCACUGCAUCCCGCCGUCGAAAUGUUAACGCAGUCGUUUCGUUGCAUCGACUCCGUGGCUGUUGUGGCGACCAUUUGUGUAACAGUGUUGCUGGCGAAAAGUUGCAUGUGUGUCACCGAGGAGGACGAUGAGGUCCUGGAGAAAAACCAGCUCAUGGAGUUUUACAAAAAGGGUAUCUUUAUACUGCAGAGUGCACCACUGGAGCGCUGCGUCACCGUGGACCGCUCCAACCUGGUGCUGGAGGACUGUGAACGGCCGACGCGCCGCAUGCUGUGGAAGUGGGUGUCCCGACAUCGCCUCUUCAACCUGGGCACCAGCACGUGCCUGGGCCUCAACAUUUCGGACACGACCCAGGCUCUCGGCACGUUUGAGUGCGACACGGCCCUCCCCAUGCUCUGGUGGCGCUGCAGUGGGAACAUGCUGUACGGGGCAUCCCAGUGGAAGGUGGCCUUGGCUGGACGUUUGUUGGUAGUUAAAAAAAACUCUUAUCACGAGUGGAAGAGGUACAACACCCCUAGAGAAGGGCCAUGUUCACAUCCAUAUGAAGACAUUCACACUUUGUUGGGGAAUGCACAUGGCAUGCCCUGCGCUUUGCCUUUUAAAUACAACAACAAAUGGUUCUCUGAGUGUACGACUGAGGGACGUGAGGACCAUCUUCCAUGGUGUGCUACCGCCACUCGCUAUGAUGAGGCUGAAAGAUGGGGCUUCUGUCCUGUGCAAGAUUCCAGCUGCGAGCAUUUCUGGGAGUCAAACCAGGAGCUGCAUGCGUGUUACCAGUUCAACCUGUACACCAUCCUAACCUGGAGUCAGGCGCUGUCAACCUGCCAGGCACAAGGUGGAAACCUGCUCAGCGUCACCAGCCUGGCAGAGCACAGGUACAUCAGAGAUCGACUGGCAAGUGUUGGCGCGAUGGUGUGGAUUGGGAUGAACCACCUGAAAGACAGUCAGGGGUGGCAGUGGUCUGAUGGAGCUCCUCUAUCAUUGGUCAAUUUGACCACAGCUCUGCCUGCGAGUCCACUACAAGACAACAGCCAAUGUGGAGUGUACAACUCAGCCUUCGAGGGUCACUGGCAGAGUCUUUCCUGUGAGUCUGCUCUGCCUUACAUCUGUAAGAAGACGCCUAACAACACCCGGAGAGCCGAGCCUCUAGAGAACUGGCAGUAUAUCCACACAGAGUGUGCUAAUGGCUGGUGGCCUCAUAAUGGUUUCUGCUACCGGGUGUUGUCAGAGGCAGAGGCAGGAAGCUGGGAGGAAUCUGCCCGGGCCUGUGGCACUCAGGGGGCAAACCUCACCAGCCUCAACUCACUGUCUGAGGUGGAAAUGCUGCUCAACCUCCUGGCUAACUUUUCUGGUGAGAGUACGGAGGUGUGGAUCGGUCUUUGGAAACGGGCAUCGUCGCCAACUGUACAGUGGUCUGAUGGUUCACCGGUGACGCUCACUCUCUGGCAUCAGUAUCACCCUCCUCGCAACCUGACAGACGCAACACUCUGUGCCAAAGCAGAGCGCAAGAAGGGUAACUGGCUUUUAGCAUCAUGCGAUGAACGUCUGCCUGCUGUGUGUAGAAGAGAAAGCCAGAAUCCAGUUCAUCCCCCUGGAUCCUGGGAUGAGGGUUGUCCUGAGGGCUGGAAGCGACAUGGUCAUUCUUGUUACAUGGUGACGAGCCAUGAGCAGAGCUAUGAAGAUGCACUGUUGGGAUAUUACUGCAAGGCUCCUCUUCUUACUGUGGAGAACAGGUUUGAGCAGGCGUUUGUCAACAGUUUGCUGAGUGAGAGAGGGGCCAACAGUAGCACCUAUUACUGGAUCGGCCUCACAGACCAGGACAAGAUGAAAGAGUACAGGUGGCUUUCUCACAAUGGCUCCUCUCUGCCUCUCACCUUCACAAACUGGAACAAACAUCAGCCAGCCAGUGCUGGUGGCUGCGUUGCUAUGUCAGGUGGACCUGCUCUGGGUUACUGGGAGGUCAAAGACUGCAAUUCCCACAAGGCCUUGUCAGUGUGCAAGCAGAGUAUCAGCAGUUACCACGAUCUCCAGUUGCCAGAGCACCACAUCGACGCCUAUGCCCCCUGUCCACCAGGGUGGGAAUCACACGCUGGGCUGCUCGUCUGUUUUAAGGUGUUCCACGACGAGAAAGUCCUGAUGAAACGUUCCUGGGUGGAAGCGGACUUCUUCUGCCAGGCCCUUGGGGCUCAGCUGGCCAGUUUCCACCACUAUGAGGAGCAGGUGUUUGUUAAGCAGCUCCUCAGUACCAUGUUUGAAGGAACAGAGGGCCGCUGGUUCUGGGUGGGUUUAAACAAGAGAGACCCUGUACAUCCUGGAGCCUGGGAGUGGUCCGAUAGUUCUCCUGUGGUGACAUCCUUCAUAGAGGAUAAGAACGAGGAGGACGACAGGAGGGACUGUGCUGUGUACAGUCACAUGACCAACACUCUCAUGCCGCAGCCCUGUGACACCAAGCAUGAGUGGAUCUGCACAAUAUCCAGAGGUGAUAAACUGAAAAAACCCUAUUGGUACACUGAGCAGAGCGAGCCCUGGGUGUUUUACCGUGGAGCUGAGUACCUGCUGGCGAAGCAGCCUUUUGACUGGGACGCUGUGUCUCUGGCCUGUCAGAUGAUGGGAGCCUACCUGCUGUCCAUUCACUCUAAAGAGGAGUUGCACUUUGUGAAGGAGCGUUUGCGGCGGCUCUCCCUGGGCCCAACUGACUGGUGGAUCGGCCUGUCCACUGGACAGCCAGGAGAGGUGGUCAGGUGGAGCGACAAAACAGGGGUAGACUUUCAGAACUGGGCAGAUGGGAGUGCCGGUGGUGACCUUAGGAAAAAUGGGUUGUGUGUCACCAUGUCCUCUUCAACAGGGAAGUGGUCGACAAGUAAAUGCAGCGAUCUCCACGGCUAUGUGUGCAAGAGGAAGACCGUGUCUGUCGUGGAGACUCCCAGGGAGCCGCACUAUAUUGGCGGAUGUCCAGAGAAAUGGCUGUACUUUGGACACAAGUGCCUCCUACUUCAUCUCCCUGGCAGUCCAAAGGAAGGAAAGAGUUGGAAAGAUGCCCAGUCCAUCUGCAACUCAUUUGAAGGCACGCUGGUCGCUAUAGAAGACGAGAUCGAACAAGCCUACAUCACCAUGCUGCUCCAGGGCAGCUCUGUCGGUGUGUGGAUUGGUCUCGAGGACACCAUGAAAUGGACCAAUGGGAAACCAGUCAGCUACACCAACUGGUCACCAAUUGAACCAAAGAGCUAUCUCACUGAGGAUGAGUGGCUCAGUGGAUUUGCUGAUGAGCCAUUGUGCACAGUCCUGUCCAACAACCACAACUUCCACCUGACGGGGAAGUGGUACGAUGAGAAGUGCAGCGAGAGUGGGUAUGGCUUUGUUUGUCAGAAACCUCAAGACCCAUCCAAACCCCCCACCCACUCCUAUCACCACCCUCUCCCUGACAAUAUUGAGUACAGGACCCGCAGCUACAAGGUUGUGUCUGGCAACAUGAGCUGGUACGACGCGGUGCAUUUGUGCAUAGAGAAUGAUUCUGACCUAGUCAGCAUUACAGAUGCCUACCACCAGGCUUUCCUUACUGUCCUUGUCAAUAGAUUGGCAGUCCCCCACUGGAUUGGACUGUAUAGUCAAGACAGUGGCAUCAAUUAUCAGUGGUUAGAUGGCAGUGACACGGUCUACACACACUGGGAUGCAGCCGACGACGAUGACGACUUUGUGACUGGAGAGUGCGUGUACAUGGAUGUGAGCGGAGGCUGGCGGAGAGCUGACUGUGAAACUCUGCUACCAGGAGCCCUGUGUCAUAUUCCCCCGCCAAGAAAUAAACCAUUUAUCUCAUAUGAAGGGGUGUGUCCCUCUACGUGGGUGAAAUUUGGACAUGGCUGUUACAACUUUGAGCCUGUGGUGCAGAAACUUACAUUUGAGGAGUCCAGAGAGCACUGCAGGCAGAAAGUGAACACCUCAGAUGUCUUGACCAUUGAGAGCGAGACAGAGAACCGUUUCGUUCUGGAGCAGCUGUGGUCGUCAGGGUUCGUUCACCAGGCCGUGUGGCUGGGGAUGUACUUCAAUAUCGACACUGACUCUAUGAACUGGGUGGAUGGUUCACCCAUGGAUUACACCAACUGGCCCAACAAAGCCCCAGACCCCAAGCUGCUGACUACAGAUACCUGUGUUACUACCAGGGUGGUCGAUGGUGUGUGGUACCUGUCACGGUGCAACGAGCGACUUGGCUUUGUCUGCAAAACCAUCUCAGAUGUUGUUACUGAGGUGGAAGUGGAACCACUAAACGGUUUACAUCACGGUAUCAUUGCCGCUGCAGUGCUGGUGGCUGUGCUGAUCUUUGUCCUGCUGGCAGGAGCGAUGUGGUUUGUGUACAAGAGGAACUCUGCACGCUUUCGCGGCAUCCCGAUGCUCGGCAGCGCUUAUUACAGACAGACCAGCUCACAGGCUUUGGAGUCGGAUGGAAAUGUGCUGAUCACAGACCUGGAGGCUCACUCAGGAGAAUAGCACUCAGUGACUCCCUUCUUUUUUGUUUUUAAAGUCUCUGUUGUCCUCGUGUCCUCUGUCUCUGUCUUUCACCGUUUCACCAUCAGGUACAAAUGCCACAUGACACUGAAAAACUGUGACGCUGACUCCUCAGGACAGUGGUGAGGCGAUGACGGCAAGUUUUUCUCUCUUAAAUUUGAGAAGGUGUUUGACGGAUUCCAGGUGCUCUCAAUGGCUUUCAUUUUAUUCAAAUCGUUCAAAUGAGACAAAUGUUCGUGAAGAUAUUUCUUGUGUUGACACUGAAAAGCCAACGUUUGAAUUCCUGUCAUUUGUAAUAGACUAACAAAGUUCACAUAAAUGAGAAUGUUGAAGAAGGGAUGUUAGAGAGAUUUAAACUUGUUAGAAGAGAUACUGAACACUUAAUGUUUGUUAUAGUCCUCAAUUGUAAUUGGUAAACACUAUAUAGGAAAAUGAUUUGAAUAAUAAGGAAAGUUUUUGCUUAAUAAUAUUCAAACAGGUGAAGGAAAAUCUUGGUCUACCUGUCAGGGUCAGAAGUGACUGUCAUUGUCUUAAAUAAGGCAGUGAGGCAGUGAUGGAAAUAGAAAUUAUAAAAAUAAUAUUUGUGAUGUAAUUUUGUACAUUUCAUUCAAAAUCCAGGAGCUGUUGGAGUUGUACAUGUGGUACAGCAAUUUUGUCAGUAUUACUUUUGUAUUUUUAUUGUAUUUUUUUAAAAUAUACAUGCUGUAUAUUGAUAAGAGGUUUUUUGUAUAUUCAAAACUAACAAAAAGUGUGAGGCAUAACUGAUGACUUGAUUUCUGUCUUUUUUCCACUUUUGUCUGCAGAUGCAAAGCAAAUUCUUAGACGUAUUUUGCACAACUCUAUUUACAUUUUAAUAUUUUAAAAAAUUUUAAUAAAUUGAAAGUAGGCCUAACUGA